AUCACCAAACUGUUGCCAAUUUAAAAUCAAAGUAUAACUCUUAUAUGGAUCAGCUUAAAAAUUUGAAAUUAAAUGAGCAAUGGUCUAACGUUGCCAACCAGUACACAUCAAGCAUAUAUAACAUCAGAGAGGGGAUCAACCAAAGACUGGUCAACUCGUUACCAACACCAAUGUACAAUAUGGGAUCAUCUGCAUAUAAAUACUGGGAAUUUGAAGAAAAUGUGAAUGCAUUAAUUGACAAAAUAUUUGAUGAGUUGAAAAAAGAUGUUAACAAGGAGAUGUCUGUUUUUAAAGAGAUUUUCGGAAAUGUACGCAGAUCCAAACUUAUUAGAUACGAUAUACCAAAUGGAGAGAUUGAAGGAGAUUUGAACCUGCCUGUUGAUGUACGCACUCUCAGCUCACUAAAAGACAUUUCUUUGAGACAAUACAUUCCAGAUAUGAGCUUUCCAACUCCAAAAAUAAAUUUCCUUGGAUCUGUGGAGGAUUACAUACCACAUAUGUCCUGGACAGGAAGUGCAAAAGUACAUGGCCGACACUUUACAUCUUUCGAUGGUCAAGAAUUUGACUUCAGUGGUCGAUGUAGCUACGUUCUUGCACGAGAUUAUGUAGACGGCAACUUCAGUAUUAUUUUGAACUAUUUGGGUAGACAAAAGAAGAAGUUAAUCUUGACUUCUCACCAACAAAAUGUUCAAUUAUCACCUAAUGGAAAGGUCAGCGUUGACGGUGUUGUUAUGGAUCUACCUUACAGAUCAUCAGAAUUUGCAGUUUUCUCUGAAGAUGGUUAGGUGUUUAUUGAAGGACGUGGAUUCCAUGUUAAAUCCGACCCAACUGUUGAUAUGGUCGACAUUGGUUUGAGCAAGUGGUAUUUUGGUAAAACAGGAGGACUUCUUGGUACACUGAACCAUGAACGUUACGAUGAUAUGAUAAUGCCAAAUAAACAAAUUACAUCCGACGCUUUUGCUCUAGGAAACGCAUGGCAGGUUCAAAAUAGAUGUUAUUAAAUAAAAUUUAUGCUUUCAAAUGCUCCGAAAAAGCAAUCUGUGAUUAGUUACUUUUGAUAUGUAUUUUGGUAUUAUUGUUAAACUUUUAGUGAAAUAUAAACGAAUCUAAGCAUUUA